AUGACGUCACGAGCAUGUCUUAUAGGUGCGUUCCUGAGCUUAGUGUGCGUUACAAAUGCAUUUCUCUUUGGAAAUAGCAGCGGAUUAAAUUCCAAGCUCUGCCUUUUGGGUAACAUCAACGCUUGUCCAAUAACUACGACAACUGGCGUUACGCCAACCUAUUCCUAUUCUACAAUCACAUCGCCACCAGCUUACACCACUUCAAGCCCAACAACCACUACCGCAACUACACCAACUGCCACUGCAACUGCAACUGCAACUGGUACCGCUACAGCAAGUCGUGCUUUUAAUGAUAAUGAUGAUAAUGAUGAUAAUGAGGAUACUGCUGAUGAUGGUGCCCGUGCUAUUCGAACAACAAGGAAGCAGCAAGUAAGACGGGUUCAACCAUAUGGAAUUCGGCGAACCGUACGAAGGGGGAAGCUUGUAACCCGUAGGCGCAGAAAUCGUACCGGUUAA